CUUCAUCUUCUCAAAGUCUUUCAUCGCUCUCUAUAAUUUCCUACUAUCCGCAAUCCCAUUAUUCACGUUGCUUGAAGCAAUCACAAUGGUUGAAAUGAAGGGCAUGUGGAAUGUGUUGCAUGGGUUGAAACCAGUAUUGCUGAUGGUGCUAGUUCAAAUUGCAUACGCUGCUGUCAAUGUGCUUUACAAGCUCGCCAUAAACGAUGGAAUGAGUGUAAAAGUAGCAACAGCAUAUCGCCUCGCUUUUGGAUCUGCUUUCACUGUUCCUCUUGCUCUCAUUUCUGAAAGGAAGAAAAGGCCAAAGAUGACUUGGAGGGUGCUUUUCAUGGCGUUUCUUUGUGGCUUAUUUGGGGGAAGUUUGUUUCAAAACCUUUUCUAUGAAUCUUUGGCUUUAACAUCAGCAACUUUUGCGUCUGCUCUCUACAACCUCAUUCCAGCCAUCACCUUUGUCUUGGCCAUCUCCUGCGGUUUGGAAAGGUUAAAUUUGAGGGCAGCGGCAGGAAGGGCCAAGGUGUUGGGAACCAUAAUUGGAAUUGGUGGGGCAAUGAUGUUGACCUUUUUCAAAGGAGCAGAAAUUAAUAUAUGGCCCUUCCACAUCAACCUUUUGCAUCCACGUCAGCACCAAAAUAGCCACGUGGCACCUGACAAUAAUUUGCUGGGGGCUCUUUGUGCCGUGGCAAGCUGCUUCUCUUUUGCUUUGUGGCUCACCAUUCAGGCUAAGAUGAGCAAAGAAUACCCAUGUCACUACUCAAGCACAGCUAUGAUGUCUACAUCGGGAGCAAUACAAGCCACUGCUUUUGGUUUCUGUUUUGAGAGGGAUUUGAGCCAAUGGAAGUUGGGUUGGAAUAUUAGGCUACUAGCUGUUGCUUAUUCGGGAAUCUUUGCUUCGGGAAUAGUGGUUAUUAUCACUGCUUGGUGCAUACAGAUGAGAGGGCCUCUGUUUGCGUCUAUUUUCAACCCUCUAAUGCUUGUGCUUGUGGCUAUUGCUGGUUCUUUGAUGUUGAAUGAGAACUUAUAUGUAGGAAGUGUGGUUGGAGCAGUGCUGAUUGUGUGUGGCUUGUACAUGGUUCUAUGGGGCAAAAGCAAAGAGAUGAAAAAUGUUACUCAGUUAGUGCCAUCGGAAACAAUACGAGGAGGUGAAGCCAUAGAAGUUGUUGUGAUGUCCACAGCUGUAGAUUAUGAUAAGUGUGACCACCACAACAACCAAAGUGAAAGCACUACUAGAACGAAUGCUACCAAAGAUUUUGACGAUUUGUCAAAAGAACAGGAAGAAGAUGAUAUUCAUGUAUAGGGGGAGAGGACGAAGAUGAUGUGGUACAUUGCAUGUCUUUGAUAUUUUUUUAUUCCACUGGCACUAGAGUUAACUCAUAAUGUAUGUAAUUGUACCAUACAAGUUUAACAACCACAUUUGAAAACACCUUCGUGAAUUUCCACUGUCAAUCAGCCCAACUUCUGGCUGAUGCUAUGGGCCUUGUGUACCAAAAUAAAUUGAUAUGGGCCUUCUCUCCUUUGGGCUUGUAGCCUC